GGACGCUUUCAAGCACGACUUGGCCAAGACAAAGAACAAGAUGGUCCCAGAGUUGCUGACGGGGGCGAGCGGUUCUCAGUUGGAGGCUUUUCCAGCUGAGGUUGAGACCGAGCUCCAGUCACCGGAGCUAGCUGAGGAGGAAGAUCCACCACUGGAGGUGGCGGUGCGCGUCCCGACCAGCGAGGAAAAGGAGAGCUUGGGAAAGCUUCACCGCAACUUGGGCCAUCCUGGAAACAAGGAGCUAUGUCGAGCUCUUCGUGUGGCAGGGGCACCAGAACACCUAUGCAGGUAUGCCAAAGAACACUUUCGUUGCCCCACGUGCGCAGCAAACCGUGCUCCGAAGAGCGUGCGGCCAUCAAUGAUCCCAAGGGCUUAUGCGCCAAAUACCGUUGUUGGCGUGGACCUUCUGCAGCUCAGCAACUGGAACUCGACGGAGCAGUUCUGGAUGUUGAAUAUGCUGUGUCUGGGGACUUCGUUUCAAAUGGUGGAGCGCGUCAGGUCCAAGGAGCCGGAGGAAGUUUGGGCAGCCUUUGCCCGAACGUGGGGGCGCUUUUUGGGGUGGCCUCAGGUGCUACUACUGGACCAGGGAACGGAAUUCUUGUCUGAGUUCCGCAGCCGUGCCUCGAGCUUGGGCAUAGUGCUCCACACGAUAGGAGCCAGGGCACCCCAUCAAAACGGCCGGACUGAAAGGCACGGCGGGUUGUUUAAGGCACUUUUUGAACGUGCCCGUUGGGAAAAUCCUCCCACAAGCCACGAAGACUGGCGACUUCUUCUUCGUGAGACCGAGAGUGCCAAGAACCGCCUGUUCAACCGAUCUGGUUAUUCACCAGCUCAGCGCAUGAUCGGCCAGACCCGUCGCACCGUGGGCGAAAUUUUCAGUGACGAUGCUCUUGAUCCUGCUUUCCUGGAGCCCACGGAGGACGUGCAGCGGCUGCUCUCCAUUAGGCAGUCAGCUCAAAAGGCGUUCGUUGAGCUGAAUACGUCCGAGGCCUUGAAGACGGCACUGAGGGCGAGAAGCCGAGUUCAGCGGCAGUUUCUUCCCGGGGAAAUCGUCUUUGUUUGGCGCUCUUGGAAAGUGCGGGGCGUUGUGAAACCUUCCUGGGUGGGUCCCGGCGUUGUUCUUUUACCAGAAGGUGCGAAUAGCUACGUCAAUGUUCGCGGCCGCCUCUGGAAGGCGAUCCACGAGGUGUUCAAGGACAUGAAGGACCGCUUCGACCGUGCCUCCCUCAAGCUUGUCGAG